AUUUUCGCACAAUCUGUGUAGAUUGUCUUGCUGGAAAAUUGAUUCUUCAUUGUUUCGCUUUGUCAAAAGAGGUGAAAUGCCGUACAGGCCAUCACAAGCCCGCGACCAUGUCAAUUGCCCCUACUUGAUCCAAACCCCCACCCUUUCUCUCUCUCUAUCAAGCAUCGCCCUCACAAAAUCUCCGCUUCAUAUUUUAUUUUCUUGUGUGUUCUCCCAUUGCGAAUCAGUCAGCCAGAACUACACAGUCUCGUUGCGUUUGUACUAUACUUGUAGCAGAUUUGACAACUUCGCGACCACUUUUCCACAGUAUGCCGCCUCAACGCUGGCUGCAGCCCAUACCGGGCGGUCUCGAACUCCGAGAGGCACCGGAUAAUGGAAUGCAGUCUUCCGGCGGAGGCGGAGCUACCACUCACGACAAGAGUGGCACUCACAUCCCCGUGUCGCCAAAGAGGGUAAAGCUCAACAGGCUUCCUGGCCAAAGUUCCAGCUUCACAACACCACCGCCGCCGCCGCCACAAUUUCCUCCCACGCCAAUUUCUGCACCACGUCCGGCAAGACCUGUACUUGGUGCAGGCGCAGAUAGCAGCUCAGAUGAAGGAUACGGCCCUGCUCACGACGUCCUGGAGAACCGCAGAACCACACCCGCGUCGAGAAGACAAGCUUCUCGCGGCAGGUCGCCAAGGUCAGAUAGUCAGAGUGGUCUUGGAAACGGCAAUGGCAAUGGCACUGGUAACACGAAGAAGCGCUCCUUUGGCAGUCCAGAGGGCCCCGGUGGCGGCGGUACAUCAAGGCCCAGUGGGCCAGGAGGGCCAGCAGAUGAUGGUGCACCUUCCGAGAAGUCAGAUGAUGGUGAUGGUGAUGAUGGAACAGUAGUCGAGCCGACUGGAUUUGCAGAUCUCCGGGAGGAUCAGAAGCAGCUCCAUGUUAUCCGCAAAUAUCCUUGGCAGAUCGCUCUAUGUCCAGACACUUGGGAAGGCCACCUGGAGCACUUGAACGUUCCUAAAGCCCUCUUCUUCAAGAGAACUAGUGAUGGAAGCAAUUGGCCAAGAAUCUACGAGCGCACCCCCGGGCAGGACUUCCAUGGUGGCAAGAUAUUUGCGGCUCUUUACAAUGUCCAGACUCGAGUUCAUGACAUACAUACAGAGUAUGCCGAGGAGAAGAUGGGUUUCAGCAAGGAUCAUAUCGCCAAAGCUGCAGAUGCAGAAACGUUUAGAGCAAAGUACUUCAAGGCAGUGAAAAAGACCAUCGACAAGGCCAUCAAAUGGGCUUGGAAAGAUGGUCAGAUCGAACGAUGGGUUGAAUUUCCACCAUCCGUUACAGUCCUCGAUGUUUCGGACAUGAACACUUUGACGCAAACCCGUGUGGAUAUAACAGAGAAAUUGGAGGCGUUACGAACACGGUGGAAAAUGGCAAUGGACAGACACCAGAGAAAGUCCUGGCCGCAAGGGCGAAUCCCUCAGUCUCCCGUCAUUUGGGCCUUCGCUGUUAUGGAACAUAACGUUGUCCUACUCUCCCUGGACGCAUCCAACGAUGACGCAUUGCCGCUCGCAGAGACGAACAUGGAUUUUUGCACCGAGACCCAACGCCAGUGGCAUGCUGCACUCAUCAUGGUUACCAUCUGCUUCGCUCGAGAUCGGAUGAUGGCUUUGGUGCGGCAUGUUGGCCCGCAAAAUAUGUUGCCACACAUAUGGACGUAUCAUUUGCACGAGGACGUACGUUGGUGUUCAGUUGUUUGCAAUGAGCGAUACUUGUGUUUUGAUAGAGUAUACUAGCUUGACCCCCACCGGGACGAGUGUUGUAAAUGAUUUCGUUUCACUGCUGCAGAAACAAUAACGUGUGCACGCAUCAUAUCGCGCAACCUUCCAAAUGAACAACACAAAUUGACAAGAUACAUAAAUCCAAACAGGGCAAAUCA